GGGACGUACAUAUCAGCUCUGGGCCACAGCUGGCACCAGGGCUGCUUCUGCUGCGGCCACUGCAAGCUGCCGAUGGCCGAUCGCUUUGUCACAGAGCCGGACGGCCACGUUCCCUACCACCCGGACUGCUACCGGCUCGCCUUCGGCCAGCGCUGCUGCGUCUGCGCUGACAUCAUCCCCGAACCUGGGAGGGGCAUCAUGUACAUGACCCACGAUUUCUGGAAGGAUCAGAAGUCAUGCCCUGCCCACCAGAGCGACGGCACCGUCCGCUGCACCGCCUGCCAGCGCCUCUGCCCCAGGGCUGAGCACUGGGCGCAGCUGGAGGAGGGGCGCCACAUCUGCCUCGCCUGCCUCGACAGCAUCGUCGUGGACACCCAAGACGCCCAGCCGCUCUACGCCAAGAUCAUGACAUUCUUCGAGGGCAUGGGCAUGCGGCUGCCGGUGAAGCCGCCACUGAUGCUAGUCGACUCUGCCGCGCUUAACUCCGCCGAGGCCGUCGAGCACCGCCCGGCCGGCAACGGCGGCGGCGGCGGCGGCGGCGGCCGGCGCGGCGACGGGAGCGGCCCGGUGUUUCACACGCGCGGGCUGACGCUGACGCAGGAGUACCGGCAGAUCCGCACCGUCGUGCGCAACCGCGGCGCCGGCGGCGGCCUGCCAUUCUUCUCCAUCCGCCCCGAGACCACCCACAUUGAGGGGCCCGCGCACACCGAGGUGACGGCGAUCCUGGUGCAGUACGGGAUGCCGUGGCUGCUGACGGGCAGCAUUCUGGCGCACGAGCUGAUGCACGCAUACCUGCGCCUGAGCGGCCACACGCGGCUGAGCCUGGAUGUGGAGGAGGGCCUCUGCCAGCUCAUGGCCCUGUUGUGGCUCGAGCACCAGCCGCCCGCCCCCGAGGGGACGUGGGAGGAGCGGCUGGCCAGCUACUUCGCGCACCAGAUCCGUACGGACCGCAGCCACGUUUAUGGGGACGGCUUCCGGGCCGCCCACGAGGCCUUUCAGAAGCACGGCCUCGGCGCAACGCUCGCCUCUGUUCGCGCUUGCGGCCGCCUGCCCCUCGAAUAA